AUGUGUUUAUAUUGUGUCGUUGGUGAAAUUCUCGUAGCACAAUCUGAAAAUAUACACCGAGCGACUUAUGAAUAUGCGUGGUAUACUAUAGAUCCAAAGGGAGCGAAGAACUUAUUGUUAAUUAUGCUUCGUUCAAAUAAACCACUGUAUAUUACGGCUGGAAAAACAUUUCCCAUUACGAUGGCGACCUUAUGCAAUUUGCUGAAAACAUCAGCAGGUUACAUAUCUGUCUUACUUGCGAAUCAAGACAAAGUUAUUAAUUCAUAG